AUGGCCCACCACGUCACCAAUGGCCCAACGCGCAUCUCUAUUUUGGGCAGCGAGUCCAUCAUUGUCGACCAUGGCAUAUGGCGCAGUUUCGUCGCCCGCGAUCUCCUCGAGAGCCCUGACCUCAAAUCCUCCACCUAUGUUCUGAUAACUGAUACCAACCUCGACGCAACAUACGUGCCCGUCUUCGAGACAGGCUCGCAAAGCCGGCUAUUGACCAAGACAAUCCCGCCCGGCGAAACGUCCAAGAGCCGCGAGACCAAGGCCGAGAUCGAUGACUGGCUGCUGGAGCAAGGUUGCACAAGGGAUACCAUCAUCAUUGCCCUGGGCGGCGGCGUUAUUGGCGACAUGAUCGGCUACGUCGCCGCCACUUUCAUGCGCGGCGUCCGCUUCGUCCAAGUCCCAACGACACUGUUGGCCAUGGUGGACUCGUCCAUCGGCGGCAAGACAGCCAUUGACACUCCGAUGGGCAAGAAUUUGAUCGGCGCCUUCUGGCAACCGCGCCGCAUCUACAUUGACCUAGCCUUCCUCGAGACGUUGCCCGUCCGCGAGUUUAUCAACGGCAUGGCCGAAGUCCUCAAGACGGCUGCCAUCUGGAACGAGUCCGAGUUUUCCUUCUUGGAAGAGAACGCGAAGCUCAUCCUAGACACCAUCCGGUCCAAAACGUCGGAUCCUUCCGAGAGAUUACUCCCCAUCCGCGCUAUUCUCAAGCGAAUUGUCCUUGGCUCGGCCGGCGUGAAGGCUGAAGUGGUUUCCCAAGACGAGACCGAGGGCGGUCUGCGCAAUCUUCUCAACUUUGGCCACUCCAUCGGUCAUGCCUUUGAGGCCAUCCUCACCCCUCAGCUCCUGCAUGGCGAGGCUGUCGCCAUUGGUAUGGUCAAAGAGGCUGAACUCGCCCGGUACCUCGGCGCACUCCGCCCUGGCGCUGUCGCCCGCCUGGUCAAAUGUAUCGCCAGCUAUGAUUUACCCACCACCGUCCGCGACAAGCGCAUCGUCAAGUUGACAGCAGGAAAGCGUUGCCCAGUGGAUGUCCUACUUCAAAAGAUGGCCGUUGACAAGAAGAACGAUGGCAAGAAGAAGAAGAUCGUCUUAUUAUCGGCCAUUGGGAAGACGUUCGAGCCCAAAGCUAGCGUGGUGGAGGACAGUGCCAUCAGAGUCGUGCUAUCUCCAGCCACCCGCAUCGACCCUGGUGUGCCUGAAGGCCUGCAAGUCAGCGUAGCUCCCCCGGGGUCCAAGAGCAUAUCGAAUCGUGCUCUCGUUCUGGCGGCACUCGGCAAAGGCACUUGCCGUGUCAAGAACUUGCUUCACUCCGACGACACGGAAUACAUGCUCAACGCGAUUGCGCAGCUCGAUGGCGCCACUUACACUUGGGAGGACGCCGGCGAGGUCCUUGUUGUCACGGGCAAGGGAGGAAAGCUUCGGGCUAGCGAGGAGUCUUUAUACUUGGGAAACGCAGGCACCGCAUCGCGUUUCCUGACGACGGUUGUCGCCCUGUGCUCACCAUCCAAGACGUCUUCUACCGUUUUGACUGGUAAUGCAAGAAUGAAAGUCAGACCCAUUGGACCCCUCGUUGAUUCUUUGCGGACCAACGGUGUCAAUAUCGAUUACCUCGGUCAGGAUAAAAGCUUGCCUGUGCGGGUUGACGCUGCUGGUGGGCUGGAUGGUGGUGUGAUCGAAUUGGCCGCCACCGUCUCUUCGCAGUAUGUGUCGUCGAUUCUCAUGUGCGCCCCCUACGCAAAGAAGCCAGUAACUCUCCGUCUUGUUGGCGGUAAGCCCAUCUCACAGCCGUACAUCGAUAUGACCACAGCCAUGAUGAAGACCUUUGGCAUUAUCGUCACCAAGUCUGAGACAGAACCAAACACCUACCACAUCCCGCAGGGUACAUACCAAAACCCCGACGAGUAUGUUGUGGAGAGCGACGCGAGCUCGGCUACAUAUCCUUUGGCAGUGGCCGCCAUCACGGGUACCAGCUGCACGAUCCCCAACAUUGGCUCCACAUCGUUGCAAGGCGAUGCGCGCUUUGCAAUCGAUGUCUUGCGACCCAUGGGGUGCAAGGUAGAGCAGACUGACUAUUCGACGACAGUGACGGGGCCACCGCCAGGGGCACUAAGGGGAAUCCCGCACGUCGAUAUGGAGCCAAUGACAGAUGCCUUCUUAACGGCGUCAGUCCUGGCUGCCGUAGCUUCUGGGGUCACAAAAAUCACUGGCAUUGCCAACCAGCGCGUCAAGGAGUGCAAUCGCAUUGCUGCCAUGAGGAUACAACUGGCCAAAUUCGGAGUCGAGAGCGGAGAGCUCGAGGACGGUAUCGAAAUCAGUGGAAAGCAGUACACCGAACUCACCGAGCCAAAGGACGGCAUCUACUGCUAUGACGAUCACCGAGUGGCCAUGAGCUUCAGUGUUCUCUCGGUGCUGUCGCCCCGGGCUGUCGUUGUUCUCGAGCGCGAAUGCACGGGCAAGACCUGGCCUGGCUGGUGGGAUGUCUUGGCUCAGUCCUUCAAGGUUGGUCUCGUCGGCGUCGAUGCUGAAGCUGAGCCGAAGGACGCAAAGAAGGCCGAUACCGGCCCGUCUGUCUUCAUCAUCGGGAUGCGCGGGGCCGGAAAGACUACGACUGGCGGCUGGAUGGCCAACAUACUGGAACGACCCUUCACGGACCUUGACUCUGAACUGGAGCGCCGGGCCGGCAUAACCAUUCCCCAAAUAAUAAAGGAAAGCGGUCGCGGCUGGGAAGGGUUCCGCAAGGAUGAGGUUGACCUUUUGCGAGAGGUCAUGAAGAACCAGGCCUAUGGGCACGUCUUCUCUUGCGGCGGCGGUAUAGUCGAGACCCCCGAAGCUUGUGAGCUGCUCGUCAACCACCACAAGAAGGGAGGAGUGGUCCUCCUCGUGAACCGCGAUGUUGAGCAGAUGGUCGAAUACCUCAUGCGAGACAAGACUCGACCGGCUUACUCGGAGCAGAUCCGCGAAGUGUACGAGCGACGUAAACCCUUCUUCCAGAAGUGCAGUAAUUACGAAUACCACAGUCCGUACCUCGACGGCAUCAGCGAGGCUCCCGCUGAUUUCAAAAACUUUGUUUCGCUUGUCUGCGGUCAGAGUACGCACUUUGAGGACGUCAGAAAGAAAAGCCAGUCGUUUUUCGUGUCGCUCACGGUCCCCAACCUCUCAUCGGCAGUCGACGUGAUUCCCAGGGUUGUGGUAGGCUCGGACGCUGUCGAGUUGCGCGUGGAUCUACUUGAAGAUCUAUCUCCUGAAUUCAUUGUCAAGCAAAUCUCGCUCCUGCGGUCCACGGCCAAAGUUCCUAUCGUGUUUACACUGCGCUCACAGGGGCAAGGAGGUCGCUUCGCGUACACGUCAGAGGAGCAACUCAUCUCCAUCUAUCGGGCGGCCCUGCGCAUGGGUGUCGAAUAUAUAGACUUGGAGAUGACUCUGCCGUCGGAGAUGCUGGACGAGAUUAUGCAUUCCAAGGGGUCAACACGAAUCAUUGCGUCCCACCACGAUCCAACGGGUGCUUUGUCUUGGAAGAACGGCGGGUUUCAAGCGUGGUACAACAGAGCAUUACAGUACGGCGACGUUAUCAAAUUAAUAGGGUUAGCUAAGACGAUGGAUGACAACUUUGCCUGUAAAGCUUUCCAGGACAGAAUGCAUACUGCUCACGACAAGCCCAUCAUCGCGCUGAACAUGGGCCCAUUGGGGAAGCUGUCUCGAGUGCUGAACGGGUUCCUCACGCCCGUCUCCCAUCCUGCUCUACCUUUUAAGGCAGCCCCCGGCCAGCUGUCAGCUGCCGAAAUUCGUGCAGGCUUGGCCUUGGUGGGCGGACUUGAGACGAAGCAGUUUUAUCUAUUCGGCAAACCCAUCUCGGCGUCACGAUCGCCGGCCCUCCACAACGCCCUUUUUAAGCAAACGGGACUGCCACACAAGUACUCGUUGCACGAGACUGACGACGCCGCAUCCGUGAAGGAUUUGAUCAGAUCGUCAGAGUUUGGUGGCGCUUCAGUAACGAUGCCCCUGAAACUCGAUAUGAUGGCCUUGGUGGACGAGGUCACCGACUCGGCCAAGGUUAUUGGCGCCAUCAACACCAUCAUCCCAACGCUGUCGCCAGACGGUAUAACUCGGCUGGUCGGCACCAACACGGAUUGGCAGGGCAUGGUGUACACGCUUCGUUCGGCGGGUAUAGUAUCACCGACCAAGUCGAAGCCGAGUAGCGCCAUGGUUGUGGGGUCGGGGGGAACGACCCGGGCCGCUAUUUACGCGCUUCACUCGCUAGGCUUUAGCCCCAUCUACAUCGUGGCACGCAACACCAAGAUCGUCGACGAGCUGUGUUCCUCAUUCCCAAGCGACUACGACAUUGAAAGGCCCGAGGAGGCCAGCGACGUCAAAAUUCUGCCGACCGUUAUCAUUAGUACCAUUCCGGGCGAUAGGCCCAUUGAGCCAGCCAUGAGAGAGCUGCUCGGAAAGAUCUUGCGGCAACCCAAGUCUGCUGGGCAGCGUCGCGUGCUCCUGGAGAUGGCUUACAAGCCGCUACACACCCCGCUCAUGGGCCUUGCUGAGGAUUCGGGCUGGGCCACCAUGCCCGGACUCGAAGUACUCUGUUCUCAAGGCUUCUAUCAGUUUCUGCUUUGGACCGGCAUCACACCUUUGUUCUCGGAUGUUCGAGCUGCCGUAAUGGGCGAAUAG